AUGAAUCAUCCAUAGAACAAAGUUACCCCGAGAUCUAAUACGGGCUCCGUUCACGAAACUCUUAUUGAAGAUGCUUAGAAGGUUAGGAUUGAGGACCUUCCUUUAGACAAAAAGCUAGAAGAAUUAAGAAAAUAUAACCCAAUCGAUUACUAUGAUCAAGGCAGAUAUAUUGAUGCACAAGACUCAGUAAAUUCAUGGUGCCUUGGCCAAAUUACUCAAAGUGACAAUAGAAACCUAUAGAUUCACUUCGAUGGGUGGUCUAAUAGAUGGGAUGUCUGGCAAAAAGUUACCUCAUAUAAGAUCGCUCCAUUCAGAAAAAAUUCCAGAGGUUAUACAGGGCAAAACAAAAUUGCACUCAGAUAGAAUCAUGUUUUCAAACUUGAUGAUGUCCACACACACAAGCAAAGAGUUGAAAGAUUGAUAGAAUCAGAUUUAAAUGGCGUUGGAGCAUUCCAUACUACCCAAUAUCUUAGAGGAGAUCUCUAUAUCUAUGUUGAUUUCUUGCUCUAACAUAGCCCUUAUACUGACGAAGAGAUUGAUGCUAUUAACGACUUUAUGUACUGUGUCAUCAGAUUGAUUGUUACUUGGCUAAAGAAGCUUCCAAAGCUCCUUCAUCUCUAAAGCCAGAUAAAAGUAAAUCCUGACCUAUUUCUGAUUGAUGAAAAUAUUGCUAUUAUCUAAAGUGGUUAUGAGCUAAUGGACAUUUUGAAAAAGCUUUUCGGCUGCUGCCAUAGAUGCAUCAAGUUCUAUAUUGAAAAUGAUAAGAAUCCAAUAUAGUUUGAGAAUCCAGUUACAAAAUCUUACGCAGGAAUUGACUUUGAGAUCAGAAGAAAAUCACCUGAUGAUUUGACUGAUGUUGAAGAUAUCAGAGAAUAGAUCAUGAAUAGAAAAGGAAUAGAAUAUGGUCAAUUUAUGAACUUCAUCAAUUAUUUCGCAGAGUUAGGUGGAUUUGAUGCUAUAAUCGAUUAUCUAAAAGUGGGUAGUGAGACAAGUGAGGACAAGAUACCUCUAGAUAUCAUCACUAUGAUGACUUCUCCUUUCAAGAAUUGCAACGAAAUAUUUUCUCCAACUUUUGCUUAGAAGUUUGUUUUCAAUGUCAGAGAUAUUCUAAUUUCGAGAAUUAGAAAUAUAAGCGAAAAAGAGCUUAAAGAAAUUGAUAAGGAAAUUAUUGGAAGAGUUCUUAAUGAUCUCAAAGAGUUCCUUACACUGUUCCUUAACGAAGAGGAGACUGCAGAAAUAGUUGAGACUAAUCAACUCCUUGUAGCGCUAAGAUUUUUAAAAAGUACUUAUCUUGAAAAGAGAUUAAAAGGUAUUUCUGAGAUAAAAUUUAUGAUUGAAAGACUUGAUAUGGCCCAAAAGCAAGCUUAGAUUCAAAUUUUAUAACAACAAUAAAGAUUCGCUAAUAAGAUGUACUUCGAUAAUGAAAUGAACUAAUUGAAAAAUUUCAGAAGUCCAAAAUGGUUAACAUAAGAGAAAAUGAGAGACUGGCUUUUAAAUGAGAAAAUUCUUGAAAUAGUCCUUGGCGAAAACACUCACUUAGAAAUUGUAAAAAGAAGCAGUUGCAUUCUCAAAUUCCUUGCUAAAUUGGAUUCAUUGCCUCUUGAUAGUGUUGAUCUUAUCUGGAAAAGUCAACUUGGUAAGCAUGAAGAAAUGGUCAGAGUUGUUUAUCAAAUGAUCCAAGAACUUGUACCUUUUACUCAACACAAGUACAUAGAUAUGUUCUACUAAAAAAUCUAAUAAGUUCCUACUUCUCAGUAUGAUGAUAAAUUCUUGGAAUUCCUUAAAGAUUUUACCAUGAAGAGUCUUGAAAGUUAUUAUGAUACUAAACAUAAUGAGGACAGUAUUAAUGAAAGUAAUACCAUCGCUUAUGAAGACUACAUUUCUCUAAGAGAGAAAUAAGCCCUUUAGAGAAUUGGUGAAAUUGUAAAUAAUCAGUAAAUCAAUCAACUAGGAGAUGAAAAGCAUUAUGGAUUGCCAAUUUUUUGGGAGCUCAUUUAAGAUAGAGCUACGUCAGUAUCUUCUGAUUAAAUGCAAAUAGCUAUUAAAUCUAUCAAUGAUAUUUUGAGACAACAAUUUAGUCACCCAAUCAGGAUAAAUUAUCUUGUUAAAUCUGUUGACAAUUUGGUAAAAGGAGAAUCAGUUGUUUAGUCAAUUGAAAUUCUUCAAAAUAUUGUGGAUCAAUUCCCUAUUAGUCAAUUUAAUGAGAAUGAUGUCACUUAAAAGACUGUCAUUGUCUAACUCAAUAAAUAGCUACAACUUGUCAACAAGAUUAUUCAAAACAUUAAAAACUAUCAUCUUUAAGUGAAGGAAAAACUCAAAACACUAUAAGCUUCAAAGAAAAUCUUGCCAGAAGAUAUAUCAACAUAUAUUUUCGUUGGAAAGCAUGCUCAUGAUAACAUUUUAAAUCAGCUUCUAAAGUUUUUAGAAUCACUAAUAAUUGAAUCGAAUCUUGAUGUAACUAUCGGUCCAGAAAAUAUUAACACUCUAUGGGAAAUCUUCGUUUAACAGCCAAACUUUAGUUCCGAUCAGAAUCUCUUUUUGAAAUGGAUCAAUUUAUAGAGACAGCACGACUAAUUCAUCUUUAAUGAUGAGGAGAGAAAAUACCUAUUCACCAAAAUUUUAUGCAAUCCAACAUAUGUCAAUAAAAUGAGUUACGGUCAAGUUAAAUGCUUCUAGAAAUACUUCAAAAUCAUCAACAGCUAAGAGGAAAACAUGGAAAUCUAAAGAAAGAGAAUGAGAGUAAUAAACCAUGAUAAACUUAUUGGUUUAGACACUCUAUGGAGAAUGGCAGUAGAGUCUGAAAAUGAGAAAUCAAAAGAAGAAUCAAUGGAUCUUCUUGUUGAACUUCACUUGAAAUUUGACUAAUCACUGUCUAUUCCAGAAUAGCAUAAGGUGUGGCUAGGCUUUAUCAACAAGUGCGUUAAGAAUCUUGACUCAGCAGAUGAUAAUUUGGUAGCAAAUACUAUAUAACUACUUAGCAGGUUCAUUGACAAAUAUGAAGGAAAGAGGCCUUUGAAGCCAGAUGUUAUUUAACCUUAAUACCAAAACUUUACUCCAUGCACAGUUACUGUUCAGAAUAGAGUUGAUAGUACUAGGAAAUAAGUACAGAUCGGCUAUUUCCAAACAAUGGGACAUUUAAGAUAGAAAAUUGCAGAUGCUUUCGAUCUUUAGAUAAAUGAAUUUACGAUGAGCUUGAGAAAUUCAUUCGUUGACCAAGAUGAAGAUGACAAUAAACUAGUCAAAGAGUUUGGAGUAAUCUAAAGUGUUUUCAUUUCAAAGAAUGCUAGCUACAAUGCUGAUAAUCAUCCAAAAAAUAUUAUAGCUAGUAACUAAGCUAACUAUGAAACUUUAUUCUUCCUUCUAUCAAAGGAUAAUCCUCAACUAGUCGAGACUGCUUGGGAUCUCCUAUAAAAGCUUCCAGUUAAUGUCAAGCUUUCCCAAGAGAUUAAAGAGCUCUCAGGACUAGGAGAAAACUCAAAGAAUUGGGAAAGACUUCUGGACCCUAAAUCCACUAACAAACUUCUAUAUUCUCUGAGAAUUAUUAACAACCUUCAUUCGAACAAGAAAGAUCCUAAAUGCUAAUAAUGGAAAUAUAAAUUUGUCUCACUCGGAGGCUUCACUCAUCUUCUAAAGACUUUCAUUAAUCUAGAAAUUAAGUAAAUUGAUACUAAUCUGAUCCUGAAAUGUGUCGAGCAUCUCAUCUUUAUCUUGCAUGAUUUCAUUGUUAAUGACAGAGAACUUGUAAAAUUAGUCAUGGAUAACAAGGAAAGUGUGAUCCUCAAAAGCAUUAAUCUAAUUGAUUUGAUAGCUGAGUUCUUUUUAGUUAAUGAGAAGAAGAGAGGAUACUCACUUGAAGAUCUAAACAAAAGAUUACUAUAAAACAAGCAAAAGAAGAAUAAAUAUAAGCAGUACAUGAUGGGAGGUAAAGGACAAGGUAAUCUUCAAUAAAAUUCAUAAAAUGAGGAAGAAGAUGAUAAAGAAAGUUAAGAGUAUACUUAGUAUCAAUAACUUCAAAAGUAAUUUGUAGAGGAUUGCUAGAUCAUUUCAAGUCUAUUCAAGUUCAUGUUCUUAACUGUAUUUAACAAUGAUCCCUCAGCUUCAACAAUAGUAGUCAAGUACAAAAACCUAGAGAAUCUUAUUGCUAAGACUACCAUUCAAAAUGAAAACUACUUGGUUAGAACAGAAGUAAUCAAGAAAUUUAAAGAAAUUAUGGGCUUGAGAUAGAAUCUUUAAGACUCUAAAUUACUUUAAGAUAUUCUCAUUAUAAUGCUAUUCAAGAUUCAAGACCUGACCUAGAAUCAUGAGUUAAGAUGUACGAAUUUCUUCGAAGGACUAAUGCAUAUAAUUGACAAUUAAGCUCCCUAGGAAAUUAACACUCUAGAGAUACCUUGCAAAGAUUUAAUAUUCAAACUAGCUAGCUUCAUUCAAGAGAGAGAAAUUAGGGAGAAAAAUACUCAAGAUACAGACUUUCUUCUCAUUGGUAAAAUGAAGAUAUUAAAAGUGUUGCUCUAAAAAUUCCCUCAAUAUAAACAGCAAGUUGGUAAAUUCCUCACAGGCUAUUUACUUCAUUAAUGCCUAUUUGAAGUACCACAGGGUGGGUCCUCUAAGAAUUAAACCAAACUUGCCUCGCCUAAAUGCAAGAACUUUAAUACAAGAAAGUUUGCUAUUCAACUAUUGUCUGUUCUUUGCAGAGACUGUCUGCCCAAUCUUGAGUGUGUUCUUUAAUAUAUGUAGCAAUUCAAUCAAAAUCCCUCAUGGAGAACUAAUAAAGAUCAUGACUGGCAGAUCUCAUUAAUGGAUAGUGAGAAAUCCUCAACUGGCUAUGUGGGUAUUAAAAAUCUUGGAUGCAUUUGCUAUAUGAAUUCUCUUUUCUAAUAACUCUUCAUGGUCUCAAGCUUUAGAAAUGACCUCCUCUCUGUUAAAGAGUAAAAUGGUGAUAAAGUUGAAAAAGAGGAUAACAUGUUGUAUCAACUCUAACUACUAUUUGCAGGUUUACUUAAGUCAGAGAAACAAUACGUUAACCCCAAAGGAUUUUGUCAUGCAUUCAAGGACUGGGAUGGAAAUCCAACUAAUGUCAUGGAGUAAAUGGAUGUUGAAGAGUUCUUCAAUAUGAUAAUGGAUAGAAUUGAAACAGCAAUUAAAGGCUCACCAUAUUAGCACACAAUCUAACAACACUUCGGUGGAAAGUUUGCUAGUGAAAUGAUUUGUAAAGGAUGCCCUCACAGAUAUGAGAACUCAGAACCAUUCCUUUCAAUUAGUAUUCCAGUUAAAAACAAGAAAUCUAUCCUCGAAGGGCUUGGAGCAUUUAUCCAAGGAGAUAUGCUAGAAGGCGAUAAUGCAUAUAUGUGCGAAAAAUGUGAUAAAAAAGUUGAUGCCUUAAAGAGAACUUGCGUCAAGAAACUACCUAAGCAUCUAAUAGUAGCAUUAAGAAGAUUCGAGUUUGACUAUGACAAGAUGAUCAGAGUCAAGAUUAAUGACUAUUGUGAGUUCCCAAUGGAGUUCAGUAUGGAGCCUUACACUCAAGAAGGCCUAGCUAGAAGAGAAAAGUUCCAAAAGAUGAAAGAAGAAAGAGGUGAAGACGACUCCAAUGAGUAAUAAAUUGAGAUGGAUCCACUUAGAUACCCUCCCGAGUACUAUGAUUAUCAGCUUUCAGGUAUUGUGGUACACUCAGGGACAGCUGAUUCAGGACAUUAUUACUCAUUUAUCAAGGAUAGAGAUCAUCCAGAGAGUGGAAAGUGGUACGAGCUUAAUGAUCAUAUUGUGAGAGAUUUCGACCCAGUUGACAUACCUUAAGAGUGCUACGGUGGAGAGGAUACCUUCCAAGGAUAUAACAUGGUUUAAAUCAAAUCUAUGAAAUGGAGAAACGCCUAUCUGCUUUUCUAUGAGAAGAAAGUUCAAACAGAGAUGAACUCAGACGAUGAGAAGGAACUUGAUAAGACCCAUUCAUCAGCCAAAGAAGACGUUGAAAUGAAAACCGACAGCCAAGAACUAUCAACCCUUGCUGAAAUCGAAGAGAAAAUUGCUUAUGAAAACUAGAAGUACUGGUAAAAUAGAUUCUUGUUUGGAAAUGAGUACCAUGAAUUUGUGUAUGAUGUAGCAUUGAACUGGAACACCAGCUAAAUCAUUCCAAAGAAUUUCCUUACUAAAAAUAAUGACUUCCAUCUAGUGAAUCUACCAAUGCCUAAAGAAUAUGAGAGAGAUAUAAACAUUUUGGAACCACCUGAUCUAAAAUAUCCAAUAGACUAAGUCGAAGCUGACAAGUACGAAGAAAGAGUGUUCUAGUUUGCAGCAGGGUUCUACAUUACCAUUCUUUAAAGAGCUCAAAACAAACUAUAUAUCCCUCAAAUGGUUAAUCUCCUGAAGAGCUAUAUUAAUAAGAACAGCAACUGUGCCAGAUGGUUGAUUAGUUAAUUCUGCAAUCACAAGAUUAUUGAAGAGACUCUUUUGCAAUGUGGGCAGAAGGAAAUGAGAAAAUUCAUUAUCGGUCUGCUAUAUUGCGCUAUGCUCAAAGUCUAUCCUGAAGAUAAGGACCUGAUCCUCCAGUACUGGACCAACCCUCUUGACCCUGCCAACAAUAGAAGUGUGCUUGUUAAUUUAUCGCUUGUGCUGAUCUAGAACAUAUUCAAUGUAAAGAGGUUCGUUGCAAAUAGUCCACAGUUCUUCUAAUUGAUUGCCAGAUUGACAUCCUUAGGAACGUAGAUGAGAGAGUUUUUCUUGAAAGCUAAGCUUAUCGGUAGACUUAUGGAAUUCUUGUAUGACGAUGUAUCACCUCACAAAGAGCUAUUUAGAGACAUCAGUGACAUUAAUCCGCUAAUUCUUGAGAAACCAGACAUUGGACUACCCACUGAGAUAGAUAGAAAGUAAUUGAGUCAGUUCUAAGAAAUGCUUGAAAAUAAGAGAAUGAGAAAUUUAUCAGAAGCUAAUCCAAAAUAUAAAUACUUAAUCGAAGCAGUAAGCAACUGCAUAAGAUCAUUCAGAAAUAACUCAGAUAGAACUCCAUAUUAAAUAGAUGACAUUUAGCCAUGGGAACUAAUGCCACAGGAAAGAGAUUUAUACAUUCCAGAGGGUAAAUUCUUAAAAAGAGUGUUCUAAGAGGCUAAAAAGAAUAGAUCAAUUGCAUAUGCAGCCAAAGGAUAUGUUCACUUCUGUUGGAGCGAUAGAUUAGCAUUCUAGAGUGUGGUUGAAGCUAUUUAAAUAGGACUAAGAGAAUCAGACUAUGAUGAUGCCAGACCAUACUUAAUGCUACUUCAACAUCUACUUUAAACCCCAGGUGGUGAACCUGCAGAGAACAGAUUUGACAAUUUGAUGUUGGUCUUUAUUGAAGUACUAAGAAUUAAUCAAUAGUAUUACAAGUUCAUGGAAGCCAUGUUUGACUUCCUUUUUAAGAUUGCUAGCAGAAUUUCAACUGUUAAAGAAUGGCUAAUGAAAUUCAAACCUAGAUGGGCAUUUUUAAACGAUUGGGCUAUAGAUAUGAAGUUCCCAUUAAAUCAAAUGGAUGCUACAAAUUAACUAAGGAUCUUCAAGAGAAGAAACAACAUGCAAAUUCAUCAACAGCAAAUCAAGAAUGAGUACUUUAAGAAUAUUAGUAUUAGAGAGGCGAGACAAAAGAGAAUGGAAUAGUUAAUGAAAGGUGAGUCACCAGAUCUCUCAACUGAAAUCGACAUUGAUCUAGUAGAUCUCUAGGACUUUAAAUUUGUGGCUGGAGAAGUGAUAGAAUUUUAUUACAAAAAAAUGGAAAAAGAUAGCCCAGUUCAAGUAGAACAAGUGCUUGAUGAACUAAUUCAGGUUAAGCAUAUUAACCCACCAGUUAAUUAGAUAGAUGGAGGUUACAACCAAAGCCCUUAGAUUUAAUGGAUUGGCAAAGAUACUGACAAACUUCUUUUUAAAGGAACAUUCUAGAGUCAAUAUAGGCAGGAGCAGACUUAAGGAAACACUGUGAUGAGAGGUUAGAACAUGAGACAUGAUGAUGGAGAUGGAAUGAAUGAAAAUACUCCAAACUACUAAGAUAGCGAUGAGGAGGAUCCUGAAUCAGAUAAUGAAAAUAUCUACAACUGA